CUCAUUGGUGGGCGGGGCGCCCCGACGCCCCGCAACCCGCCCGCGAAGCCGGAAGCGAAGACGCGGCCAUUCGGGAUGCGGGUGGCUGUAGACUUCGAGGAAUGCCUCAAGGACUCGCCCCGCUUCCGGGCUGCCCUAGAAGACGUUGAAGGAGAUGUGACUGAACUAGAGCUGAAGCUGGAUAAGCUGGUGAAGCUCUGCAUUGCCAUGAUUGAUACCGGGAAAGCCUUUUGUGUAGCAAACAAGCAAUUCAUAAAUGGCCUACGGGAUCUGGCCCAUUACUCCAGUAGGGAUGAACUGGUGGAGGCCAGCUUGACAAAAUUCUCUGAUAGCCUCCAAGAGAUGAUCAAUUAUCAUACAAUCCUGUUUGACCAAACCCAAAGAUCAGUUAAAGCACAGCUUCAGAUGUUUGUUAAAGAAGACAUACGGAAAUUUAAAGAUGCGAAGAAGCAGUUUGAGAAAGUGAGCGAGGAGAAGGAAAACGCCCUGGCCAAAAACGCCCAGGCCCCAAGGAACAAGCAGCAUGAAGUCGAAGAGGCGACCAACAUUCUGACCGCCACCCGGAAGUGCUUCCGACACAUUGCCCUGGAUUACGUGCUGCAGAUUAAUGUCCUUCAAUCAGAGAGGAGAUCAGAGAUCCUAAAAUCGAUGCUAUCCUUCAUGUGUGCUCACCUGGCCUUCUUCCACCAAGGCUAUGAUCUGUUCAGCGAACUUGGACCCUACAUGAAGGACCUUGGAGCUCAGCUGGAUCAGCUGGCUCUAGACGCUGCCAGGGAGAAGAGGGAGAUGGAGCAAAAGCAUUCCACGAUUCAGCAGAAGGACUUCUCCAGUGAUGAGACGAAGCUUGAGUACGAUGUCGAUGCAGCAAACGGCAUUGUCAUGGAGGGCUACCUCUUCAAGCGAGCCAGCAAUGCCUUCAAGACCUGGAACAGGCGCUGGUUCUCCAUCCAGAAUAACCAACUGGUCUACCAGAAAAAAUUCAGGGAUGCGCCCACCAUCGUUGUCGAAGACUUGCGGCUGUGCACCGUGAAGCACUGCGAGGACAUAGAAAGACGCUUCUGUUUCGAAGUGGUGUCUCCAACCAAAAGCUGCAUCCUGCAGGCUGAUUCAGAGAAACUGCGGCAAGCGUGGAUCCAGGCUGUGCAGACCAGCAUCGCCAGUGCCUACAGGGAGAAGGGGGCGGAGCCCGAGGUGGAGAGAAAGCGGCCCCCCUCCACGGGAAGCCCCACCAGCCGGGAGCCCAAAGAGAAGUCGCUGAAAGGGGAAGGCUCGCUCCAGCGGGUCCAGGCCAUCGCUGGCAACGCGGUGUGCUGCGACUGUGGCCUGGCGGACCCUCGGUGGGCCAGCAUCAACCUCGGCGUCACGCUGUGCAUUGAGUGCUCAGGCAUUCACAGGAGCUUGGGCGUCCAUUUCUCCAAGGUCAGGUCCUUGACCCUUGAUUCGUGGGAGCCGGAGCUUCUGAAGCUGAUGUGUGAGUUGGGAAACGAUGUCAUAAACAGGGUGUAUGAAGCAAACAGAGAAAAAAUGGGAGUCAAGAAGCCCCAUCCUGGAAGCCAAAGACAGGAAAAGGAAGACUACAUCAGAGCAAAGUAUGUGGACCGGCAGUUUGUGUCCCCUGCUGACCCAGGAGGAAAGCAAGCCCUGACCCCCAGCCAAGAGGGCAAGAAGCGAGGGAGCCCUGGAAACGCGGCGGCUGCUCCUAAAGUGCCAAGCAGUGACCAUGGGCUUCAGCCCGGCAGGGAGGAGAGCCAAGAGCAUUUGGCAGCUGCCACCCCAGCCAGCCUCCUGCCCGAACCAGGUAGGACCGCCUGGGUGUGCUGCCCUAGCCGCCCCGCCUUCUCUCCUUGCACUGGGAUCCCCCCCCCCCCCAGUUGUUGCCCAAGAGAGCCAGCAGGAACACAGGACAGGAGCUUGGGCUGGGCUGGGCUGGGCUGGGCUGGGCUGGGGCAAUGAAAACGCCAGUUAGAC